AUGAGACCAGGCCUGCGCCAUCCACUGCCGGUUCCACCACUUCGACCACCCCAGCGUCUCAUGCCGGCACCGAAUGAUGGCGGUGUUUUUUUCGGGGGUCGUGAUUACGUUCGUCGACAACAACAACAACAACAACCGCCACCACAACAAAAUUAUCCACCACAAAAACCAUUAUUACCACCAGGUACACCACCACAUCAAUGGCAAAAUAAUCCAAAUUAUCGUCCUGGUCCUUUACCAUUACUACGUCCUAAUGGUCCAUGGCAUCCACAUGGUAAUACAUAUCAUUCACCAUCGCCUCCACCAUUAUUGCCACCUCAUCAUCCGCAAUUCAAUCCAAAUUCUCAAACUCCAAUAACUUAUGUACCACCAAAUUCUACAACAUAUGAAUUAAUGCGUAUUGCUAAUGCUGAUCAAAUUCCAUUUCUUGAACCACAUGAAGAUGAAGAUAAACUUGUUCGACAACAUCUUUCAUCAAAUAGUAAUAAUGAUGAAUCUCUUAUAAUAAAUACAUUAUCACCAUCAAAAACACAUAAACGUCGUCGACAACAACAACAACAACAACAACAUGAAAAUAAUCGAAAUAUGAUUUCUUAUCAAGAUCUUGAUCGUCCAGAUGAACAACGUGAUCCAUCAUUUGAUAAUCGUCUUGUACCAAAACCAAAUAAAACAAAUCAUUUACCAUCGGAUAAAACAAAUAAUCAAAUACCAAUAAAAUUUUCUAAAGAUAAAGAUCAUGCACUUAAAUUAGAACUUGAUCGUAUUAAAAAAGCAGGUGCACAAGAAAGAGAAAAAUUACGAGCACAAAGACAAGCAGCUGCUGAAAAAGAAAAAGAAGCACAAAUGAAAAGAAACAGUGCAAAAACCGGUGAUAAUGAUAAACGUGAAGAUGGUGAACUUGGUGAUAGUUCAGAUGAUGAAAAUAUAAAAUUAACAUCACCAAUUGAACCAAAACGUUUAAAAAAAAUUGUUGAUAAUCUUGCUUUAAAUCCAUCAAAAUCAACAAUAUUAUUUCGUUCAAAAACACCACCAUCAGAAAGUAUUAUUGAUAUGAGUGUUAUGAAAUUAAUACGUCCUAUUAAAUUAUUUCAUCUUGAUGAUGAUAAUAAUAAUUCAUAUCGUGAAUAUUUAACAACAAAUUUUGGUCGUGUACGUGUUCAUUGUCAUAAACCACAACCAAAUUUUUUUUCAAAUGUUAGUUGUAUUGAAGAAAUAAAACGUCGUUUACGUUUAAAUAAUAAUAUAUCAUCAUCAUUAUUAUAUCGUCAUUUAAUUGAUGAUAAUGAUCAAGAUUAUUUAACAACAUUACAAACACAUGUUGAAACUGAAGAUGGAGAAAUUGAAAGUGAUGAUGAAAAUACAAUAGAUUUAAAUGGUAAAUUAACUAAACAUAUGUUAUCCGAUGAUGAUAAUGAUAAACAAAUAAGAAAAAAAACAAAAUUAAAUGAUGAUGGAUUAAAAGAUAUAACAAAAUCAUCCUUAAAUGAAAAACCUUGGAUGACAAAUGAACUUCGACAAUUAAUAAAACAAAGAAAUAAAUUACAAGCACAAAUACUUAAUGGUGAAACAAAUGCUGAAAUUGAAAAAAAAUUUAAAAAAAUGAGAAAUAAAAUAAGUAAACAUGCUAAAACACUUAAAGCUAAAUAUGAAAAUUCUAUAUCAAACUCUUCAGAACCAUCUUUAGCACCGUCAUCUACAUCUCAACAACAAUCAUCAUCAACAACAACAUCAUCAUCAUCAUCUGCAACUUCAGCAGCAGCAGCUAAUCAUCCAUUAUCAACAAUACUUGAUCCAGCUCUUGUUAUGGCAAUGCUUGUUAAUCCAAGUCUUUAUUCUCAUGUUCAACAACAAGUACUUUCAAAUCCAAAUUUUAUGCAAGCUUAUCAACAUAUAUUUGCUGAAGGAAAUCAAACAACAUCAUCGAAUUCAACAAAUUCUCUUCCGCCAAAAGUUGCAAGUGAAACACAAGUUGUUCCAUCAACAACAACGGUUGAUGGUUUAAAUAAACAAGGAACAACAACAUCGAAAGCAACUAAAGAACAACAACAACAACAACAACAAAAUAUUUCAUCAACAAGAUUUCGUCCAGUGUUAACACAAGCAACAAAACCAAUACAAUUAAGUUCACUUGAAUCUGAUUAUGAUAAUGAACAACGAAAUAAAUCUAAAACACGUUUGACAUCAUCCGAUACACCAUUAACUGAAAGUCAACAACAAGAUAUUGCUUUAACACAAGAAUUAAUUCGUCGUCAAUUAGCAUUAACACAACAACAACGGAAUCAACGUAAUCCUCAUUCAACUAGUCAAUUAUCAUUAUCAACACCGUUAAGUCGUCAUAUACCAUUAACAACUGAACAAAUGCAAGAAAUUUUAACACGUGCAAAAAAUUAUGUUACAAGACAACAAAGUGAUGAAAUCACAGAUUCAUCUAAUAAUCAACCACGUUUAUCAUAUAAUACUCGACGUUUACAAGCUGCACUUGCUGCAUCAGCUUCAUCAGCUACACCACAAACAGCACAUACUAUUGGACAAGCUGCUGCUGCUGCUAUUGCUGCUGUAUCUGCUCGACCAUCAUCAUCAUCAUCAUCAUCAUUAUCAUCAUCAACAACAACAACAGCACCAACAACAACCACAACAAUAACAUCAACAUCUGCAUCAAUAACAAUACCAAAAACAACACCAUCAUCAUCAUCAUCAUCAGUAUCAAAUUCACUUGUUACACCAAUCACACCAAUGCCACCAUCAUCUCAACAACAUCCUAUUCGUAUUCAACUCGAUCAAAAAUCGAAAACACUUUCAUCAAUUAGUAAUAAUCAAUCAUUACCUAUACCAACAAUUAAUCAACAAAAAAUUAUGCCUUUAGUCGAUAUUAAUCCUUCACCACCUCCACAUAUGUAUCCACCACCAUCAAAUUGGCAGCGUCCUCCUCAUCUACCUGUACAACAUUAUCCAAUGCCACCACAUCAACAACAAUAUCCACCAUAUGAUAAUCCUCAUACACCACCUUAUUAUGGUCCACGAACAAAUUAUCCGCCGGAUAUGCGUCCACCGCCGCCACCACCACCAGCAUCAUAUGGUCCUCUUCCACCACGACAUCUUUCUCAACCGCCAAGAUUUAAUGGACCAUUACCUCCACCUGGACCAUAUGGUUAUGGUCAUCCACCACAGAACUAUGGACCACCACCACCUCACCCUCAUUAUGCAUGUCCACCACGAUCAAAACCCAAAAUACAUCCACCACGAAAAACACCCGAUCGAAUAACUUCUCGUGUCUUCAGUAUAUGUCAAUCUGCGGUAAUGAAUAAUCAUACAGCACAACGUCCAGUUCGAUUAAAUAAUCUUAAAAAUCAUACAGCAUUGACAAGCUCAAAAGAGAAUGUUGAUAAUGCAUAUCGUACAAUGAUUGAAUUUACUGAAACAUUUAAACGAGAAUCAACUAAUGAUGGAAAUCCGAUUGAAAUGCCAAUGCCAAAACGUAUUCGUUCUUCAUCUCCUACAUCAACAUACGAACAACAUUCAUCUCCAUCAGCUAUAUCACGUUAUAUAAGUCAUGAUAGUUAUUUAAAAUUUAUUCCACCAUCAUCAUCGUCAUCAUCAUCAUCUGAUCAAUGUAUAACAACCAAUAAUAAUGCUAAUAUUGAUACAGAUAUUAUUGAUGAAGCACUUUGGGAUGAUUGGGAUUUACCAUCGACAACAAGUAAAAAAACACCUAGUAAAAUUCGAACAAUGUCAUCACCAGCUGUACAUUCACGAACAAAGAAAAUUACAGAUACAACAACAAUUGUUAAUGUACUUGAAUCAACGAAUGCUGCGCAGAAAUCUGUUUCUUUACCACCAGUUACUUCUACUAUUGUUUGGGAUGAUGAUGAUGCUGAUUUUGAACAAUUAUUAAGUCAAUUUCCAACUGAAUUACCAUCAGAAAAAACACUCGAAGAUAAUGAUUCAAUAUUAAUGACAACAUCAAGUAUCGAUGAUGAUAAUUUAACACGUCUUGAUGCUACACGUCGAUCAUCAGCUAUAUUAACAAAAGAAAAUCAAUCAUUAGUUCAUAAUGCAACAAAAAUUGAACUAUCUAGUCAACCAAAUCUUAAUCAAAAUCGAUUAUCAAAUUCAACUUUACAACGAGCACAUACUGGACCAUUAUCAUCACCGAUAGCUAGUAAAAAUACAAUAAAAAUAAAUUCACCAAGAGUUCGAUAUGAUUCAGCUAGUGUAAAUAAAAAUAAAACACAAUGUACUGAAGCUGAAAUCGAACAAAAACGUUUAGCUGCUCUUGCUAUUCGACGUCAACGUGAGCAAGAGCAACAACAACAGCAACAACAGAAAAAACGUUAA